AUGUUUUUGGGCUUUAGAAGGGUGAGAUUCAAUUUUGGAGCAGUGUUAGAGUAAUAUCAACACUUGGUAAGACAAGAGGAAAUAGUUAGAGAUGAGAGGUAAGUGAAUACGGUAUGAUUAAAUAAUUAAGACUAAAAGAUUGUUUAAUUCGAUAGAGUCAACGAUCAAUUGGUCUAAACUCAUCAACAAUGGCUGUAAUACUCAAAAUUCCUGGAUGAUUUUAUUAAAAGAAACCAUAAGCCGCAGCAAAGCUAAGUGUAAUAACCAUCUGCAAAGUAGUCAUCAUUCUUUAGCUCUUUGUUCGGGGGUUCGCAGACUAUAAGCAUAAACGAGACUAAACUAUAAUCAACCCAAUAACAUCAUAACCGUCCAUUUGUAUAGUAGAUCUAAGGGUUAUAUGUUUUCGGAUCGCCAGGAUGUGGGAAGACUUAUAUAAUGGAUUUAUUUUAUGAAUAAUGUCAAAUUCCCCAAAAGAAAAGGAUCCACUUCAAUGAAUUCAUGCUGGACUUCCAGAAGGAUAUGCAUAAUUGUUCUAGUAAAGAGGAUCCUGUGACCAAAGUGGGUACUGCAAAAGCGAAGGAGUUAAGAUUAUUAUGUCUAGAUGAAUUCUAGGUUACAGAUAUAGGAGAUGCUUUAAUUUUGAAGAGAUUGUUUGAGACCAUGAUCAAUAACCAUAUGGUUUUAGUGGCCACAUCCAACAGACCACCAGAAGACUUGUAUAAGGGAGGAUUGUAAAGACAUUUAUUUUUACCAUUUAUUCCAUUUUUAAAACAGUCAUGCAUUAUUCACAAUAUGGACUCACAGGUUGAUUAUAGAUACUCUUAUGUAUGAAUAUUCUGCAAUAUCAAUAGUCUGAAGCUCAAACAAUGAGACUGUUAACAUAUACUAGUCCUUUGGAUGAAAGUGCUGAACAGACUAUGAAAGGAAUUUUCAAAAGAAUAAGUGGAACAGACAAAUUGUAAAUACUGAGUGUCUAAUUUUUAUUAGUUAUGAGAAAGAAAUUGAGGUUAUUGAAGGAAGGAACUUCAAAGUAAAAAGACAAGCGAAUGGAGUAGCCUUGUUUGAUUAUGAAGAGUUAUGUGAGGAUGUAGUAGGAGCCUCAGAUUUCAUAGCCAUAUGUAGGAAUUAUCACACUAUUUGUCUAAAGGGAGUGAAAUAGAUCAGUAUGAGUAAUCGAAAUGCUGCUCGUAGAUUUAUCUUACUAAUUGACGAAAUGUACAAUCAUAAAACUAAAUUGUAUUGUUCUGCAGAAAGAGACUUGAUGAAUCUCUUCGUUGUAAAAAGCAAAGGGGAACAAUAUGACGAAGAGUUUGCUCUUGAAAGAUGUAGAUCUAGAUUGCAAGAAAUGCAAUCAAAAGAAUAUCUAGAGACUCCAUCCUAUUAUGAUUAAUAAAAAUAAUGA